GCUAAUAUGAUCAGAAAUAGUGUGUUAAAAUACAAAUGUGCACCAAUUGCAAUUAAAUCCUAAUUCUUUUUUAACUGUAGAGAUAGGCUGGUGACAUACAAGAAAGCCCUCUGCAUAGCUAGAGCUGAUUUUUAUCCAUCAUUAAGUACCUUGCGUGUACUUCUACACAUCACAAAAACAGGUUUAUGUGUUGGGGUCAUAUCAUGUGUUAUGGAUGAUACAAGUGCAACCCUCUGUUAGACAGCAGCUUGUUCUACGUAACACAACCCUCUGGUGUGAACGUAUCCUACAUAGGACACCAGGGCUCUCUCUCUCUCUCUCGCUCACUCUCUCACUCUUUUUCUCUCUUUCUUGCUCACUCACCCGAGAGUGUUACGCUCCUGAUGGCUGGAUUUGGUUACACUCACCUGCAAGUGAUACAGCCUCAUAAAUACCUUGCUUUUCAUGAAUUAUUAUCAUGCUCACAGGCUGUGGUGAGCAUUCGCAUUUGCAGCAAUUGUGGAUGGAACAGCUGAGCCAAGAUGGACAUCUCCGUUCUCCCCAACAACAAUCACCCUGAAAAGUUUCUCCAGCUGGACGUUGGAGUGUUGGAGGCCAGUCGUGGCCUGUACCAGGUUGGAGCUUUCAUGUCCAAUCACAGACGAUGGCAGAACAGGAUCUACCAGCAGAGAGAGCAAACGAUCAAACCAGAAAACAGAAGUCCUCUGUCUCCAGAAGGAAGUCCUGUGGUGUUUGUGGACAGAUACCUGGAGAAGCACAUCACUCCAGUCACUCUGAAGUCCAACGUAAAGAGGAACCCUCUGUACAUGGACAUCAGAGCCACGGAAAUUGUGGACAGUGAUAAAUUCAAACCUUCUUGGACAGUCAAAGAGUAUGAUGCCCAAACGAUCCGCGGCAACUUGGCAGGAUACUUAAAGGAGGAGGAGAAAACACCCAAAGACCUGGAAUUUUGGCUGGAAGAUCUUUACACUCCAGGAUUUGACUCAUUACUUAAAAGGACAGAAGCAGAGCAGAAGAGAAAAAGACUCUGUAAAAUAAUCUCCUUGUUCAUUUUGGUUUUUGGUAUUUUUCUUAUUGUUAUCAUUGUGCCAGUUGUCCUUCUACAAAAGAAAAACUGACCUGGAAAAAUCUGCUGUAGCACAGACGAUCCCACUGAGGCACCCGAAAGUGGACUUGAGAGGAAUCAGGAUCGCUGGG